AUGCCCAACGGCGGAAAGCCACGCGAGAGAGUAGCUGGAACCGCCGCCCCGGGUGCCUCCGCGGGACUCCCGGCACCGUCGGCGAAAAGGUCGAUUGGGCGCUUGGUUGAGCGCAUUUCUCUCAAGCUCGGGAACAACGACGUCAUGGCGACAGCGGGUGCUGCUGCUGAGAGAGACGGGGACGGAGGGGGGAGGAGGGGGCAAUACGUGAGAACGUUCGAGGAGGAGCAUCCUUGCAAGCAGCCUCUUCUGGUGAAGAGCUUCGACGGGGAUGUCGCCGCCGGUCGUCCGACCGACCUCCCCGGGGAGUUCAUCGGAGAUCGCAGGCGUUCCGACAGCUGGAAGGUCGACGACGCUGCCGAGCAGGGGCGCUACGAUGCCGCCGAGGCGCGGGGGUACGGCCUGUACUCCCUCCACGCCGUCCUCGGGCAAGGAACCUUCGGCCGCAUCCACCUCGCCUCCUGGCGGCACCGCGGGGGCGGCCUUGCCGCAGCAGCAUCAUCGCCCGCGUCGCUUGAGGACCGCCCAUCGUCGCGUGGUGGUGCUGGUGGUGGUGCGGCUGGAGCAGGAGGGGUAGGCGCGGGAGAAACACGGGAGAGGAGGACAACUCCACUUGCCAGACCUAGAAUUUCCAGGGCUGCUGGUAGCGCCGGGGAGGGUUCGGCUUCAGAGUCGUUACCGGUGGGGUUCCGUGGGGCAGCGGCGGCGGGAGCGGGUACGCGGAGAGCAGACGGGCACCGCACAAGCAGAUCGAUUCGAUAUCUUGCCGGGAGCGGGAGACCGGCGGGACGCAACAACAACAACGGCAGCAGUGGUGGUAGAAGUAACACGCGUCAUCGGUCGCUCUUUUCGGAGGACGGGGAGGUGUGGACGGGGUGGGGUGGGGGGGGAGGGGGCGCGCGGCUGAGGCUCAGGGCGUUGAAGAGCGUCUGCAAGAGAAAGGUCACGGAGAAGGGGCUGGUGCGACACAUGGAAACCGAACUGGCGGUGUUGAAGCAGUGCUCGCACCCGUUUAUCGUGUCACUCAGCCCGGGAGGUCAGUUCCAGACAUCACGACACCUCCACCUGGUGUUGAAUUACUGUCCGGGCGGGGACUUGUUCUCUCUCCUGGCUCGAGUGGGACGAUUGCCUGAGGCGCAAGUUAGGGUGUGCGCAGCACAGCUGGCCCUAGCGCUGAGGCACCUCCAUAGCAAGCACAUCGCCUACCGAGAUCUCAAGCCCGACAACGUGUGCAUCGACGCCAGAGGCCAUGCAGUCCUGGUCGACUUCUCGUUGGCGAGAACAGGGUUGGACGUGGCCCCAGACGGCAAGACCUUCACCUUCUGCGGCAGCGCGGCGUACGCGGCACCGGAAAUCAUCACCAAGGAAGGACACGACACGCGGGUGGACCUUUGGUCAUUGGGAUGCGUGGUGUUCGAGGCCCUGGUGGGAGAGCACCCCUUCCGACGCCCUCGGGGGGAGAAGGCGGACCACCGCCACCAGACCCAGGCUUUGUUCGACAGGAUCCAACGCGGCCGGCUGGAGUACCCCAAGUCGCUGUCGGCACCCUCCUUGUCGCUGCUCCGAGGACUCCUCUCGCUCAACCCGGACGACCGCCCGGGCUUCUCCUCCUUCCGGCCAACACCAACACCACUACCACCACCGACGACGACAACAACAACGACAACGAGACAAGAAGAACAGCACGAACAGCACCCCCACGCAACAACAACAGCGCCCCCCACCGACUCAGAACAGCAGGUCGCCGAUGUGGGGAAGGGCAGAUGCUCCGGAGACGCCCACGGGGAGGUGGCAGGCACAGCACCAAGCGAAGCGGGGGGGGCACCGCCGCUGUGCUUGAAAAACGAGGCGGGGGUGCGCGGGGGUGCGGCGGCGGCGGCGGCGGCUCGUAGGCCCAUGGCGCAGCAGAGCGCUUCCUCUGCACGGACCGCUUCCCCGGGGGGGUCUCGGGCUAGGAUAGCAAGUUGUGGGGAGCGACCAGGUGUCUUGCUCUUGGAGCACGUUUUUUUCAAGGGGCUGCCGGGUUGGGGGGGUCCGGGGACGGGGGGGGCGUGGGAGGAUGCCAAGCUCGAGGGCUCGGCGGUGGCGGUGCCGGCCCUGUGUGACGCCUUCGACGUGCGACAUUUCGAUUCAAGGUUCACUAGCCAAGACGUGGAGUUAUCCUUGCAGGGACACCCUCACAAGGGCGGUCCGACCCCGGCAUUCGAAGAGUUCGAGUGGCGAGAGGACAGCUGCAUCGAGUACGCGCAAGUAGCCGAGCGAAGCACCCCGGGCUUGUUGGAGAGCUUGGCGUCGGCGCUGUGGUGUUGAACAGCGAAAAUGCUGCAAUACGCUCCGCC